UCUACCAGUACCAUGGCCUCUACUAUUCUGUCGUCACCGUCUAAGCUCCAAGUUCAACAAACCAGCCGAGGUUCUAUUGACUCUUCCUUUCUGCAGCGGCAAACCCAAAUUCCCAGUGGAUUCAUCUGGCCAGAAGCCGACUUGGUGGCGGCUCACGAAGAGCUCAAUGAACAGCUGAUUGAUCUCAAGGGCUUCUUCAAGGGUGACAGUGUGGCAAUUGAGAGUACUGCCAAGCUCAUUAGGGCUUCUUGCUUGAGCCACGGCUUUUUUCAAGUCACCAACCACGGUGUAGGCUCCAGCCUCAUCAAACUCGCUGACAAUCAUUUCGACAAGUUCUUUCACCUCCCCAUUAGCGAGAAGCUGAGGGUAAAGAGAGUCCCCGGCAGCCCUUUGGGGUAUUCCGGCUCCCAUGCCGACCGAUUCUCCACCAGACUUCCCUGGAAGGAGACACUGUCUUUCGGCUUCCAUGAGAAUGGUCCGGAGAAAGUUGUCGCGGAAUUUUUUAAAUCCAAAUUAGGAAAUGGUUUUGAACAGACUGGGAAGGUGUAUCAAAAAUACUGUGAAGCAAUGACGAGUUUGGCUCUAUCAAUAAUGGAGCUACUGGCAAUCAGCCUAGGAGUGAAGCGGUCGCACUACAGGGAAUUCUUUGAGGAUGUUCAUGCUAUCAUCAGAUGCAACUACUAUCCGACUUGUCAAGAACCAAAGCUUUCUCUUGGGACUGGUCCUCAUUGUGAUCCAACAUCACUAACCAUUCUCCACCAAGACCAAGUUGGGGGGCUUGAAGUGUUUGUCAACAAGAAAUGGCAUUCUGUAAGACCCAUUCAAGGUGCUCUAGUCAUCAACAUUGGUGACACCUUCACGGCACUAUCGAAUGGAUUGUACAAGAGCUGCCUACAUCGCGCGAGCGUGAACGCCGUCAAGGAACGGAGAUCUUUGGCAUUCUUUUUGUGCCCCGAAGAUGACAAAGUGGUGAAACCUCCAGAGGAACUCGUUACCCAAGUAGGGACAAGGAAAUACCCAGAUUUCACUUGGCCCGAGUUGCUUGGAUUCACUCAGAACCAUUAUAGGGCUGAUGAGUCUACCCUCAACCAAUUCUUCAAGUUCAUUCAGUCCGAAAAUUCAAAUCAGUUAAUUAAAAGCAGCUGCAAGCUAUUCUCUGAUGAACUGACAAAGAUUGCCUAGCUAAUAUUGAUAGUGGUUCUCAUGGGGGCGGCCAUGAUUGUCUUCAAGUGUUGCCGUUGAACAAAGCUUCCCGGUUUUCAAAAGCCUCCAAAUUUCAAAUUCGUAUGUAUAUAUAUGGACACCAGUCAUAAUAUUUGUCUGCGCAUAUUAAUUACGCAUAAAUUAA